GGCGUUGUUGUUGAAUAGUCUUUUGGGAAGGCCGGUGUUCUAAGGGACCAAGGUAUUGGGGUAUUAUGGGCAUAUGGAGUAUUAAGUGCCCGUGAUAUUGGGGGCAUAUGGAGUUGGGGAUUGCUGUAACUUUCGGAAAUCAGUAUUUUGACGGAUCUGUCUAGAAGGAAUGGGAGCAGCUGGAACCUGUGCAGAGAGAUGUGUACAAGGAUACGAAGCUAGAGAACUGCAGCAAUCCAGCCUCCAUGGGAAAUCAAGAUCCCAAACAAGACAUAGUCUCCGUGUUGGAAGAAGAAGAGCCAUCAUCGGGAAAGGGGAAAAAAGCCAGCCCAAGUAGUCUGAAAAAAAUAGCAAGGCCCAAGACAGCAGGAACAAGUGCAAAACUCCAACAAGAUGAUGAGCAUAGGGAGGAAAAGCAGAAGUCCCAAAGCAAACUUACUAAGGAAGUGACACUCAGGAAGAAAAGUUCCAACAGCAAGAAAAGCAGUGAGUAUGGUUUGUUGGAGAACAAAAGUCUCCACUCAAAACACACUCCUUCCGAGAAAAAACUGCUUAAGUCCAGUUCCCGUGGGAAGAACUCGAAUCAGAAUUCAGACUCUCUGAAAAAGAAACCUGACACAGCUAAUGACCACAGGAAAUCACUCAGCCAUUCUGCAUCUGAUGUGAACAAAGAUGAAAUUCCAACUAGAAAGAAAUGCGACAAGUUACCCAACAAUAAGUUGUCUGAUAAAGGUGACAAAAACCAAACCAGCAAAAAAUGUGAGAAAGUAUGCCGUCAUAGUGCAUCCCAUACCAAGGAAGACAAAAUUCAGACCGGGGAGAAACGGAAAUCACACUGCCGUACUCCAUCUAAACCUGAAAAAGCCCCAGGUUCUGGGAAACCUUAUGAAUGUAACCACUGUGGGAAGGUCCUCAGCCAUAAACAGGGACUCCUUGACCAUCAAAGAACUCACACUGGGGAGAAACCAUAUGAAUGUAAUGAAUGUGGGAUAGCUUUCAGCCAGAAGUCCCACCUUGUUGUACAUCAGAGAACUCACACUGGGGAAAAACCAUACGAGUGUGAACAGUGUGGCAAAGCACACGGACAUAAACAUGCCCUCACUGACCAUCUAAGAAUCCAUACUGGAGAAAAGCCCUACAAAUGUAAUGAAUGUGGCAAAACGUUUAGACACAGCUCAAACCUUAUGCAACACCUAAGAUCUCACACGGGUGAGAAGCCGUAUGAAUGUAAGGAAUGUGGCAAAUCCUUUAGAUAUAAUUCAUCUCUUACUGAACAUGUGAGAACACACACAGGUGAAAUACCAUACGAAUGUAACGAAUGUGGCAAAGCUUUCAAGUAUGGCUCAUCCCUGACUAAACAUAUGCGGAUUCAUACAGGGGAGAAACCAUUUGAAUGUAAUGAAUGUGGGAAAACUUUUAGCAAAAAGUCACACCUAGUUAUACAUCAAAGAACUCAUACAAAGGAGAAACCUUAUAAAUGUGAUGAGUGUGGGAAAGCCUUUGGACAUAGCUCAUCUCUUACCUACCAUAUGAGAACUCAUACAGGUGACUGCCCCUUUGAAUGUAAUCAAUGUGGUAAGGCCUUUAAACAGAUUGAAGGCCUUACCCAACACCAGAGAGUUCACACAGGGGAGAAACCCUAUGAGUGUGUUGAAUGUGGGAAAGCCUUUAGUCAGAAGUCACACCUCAUCGUACACCAGAGAACUCAUACAGGGGAGAAACCCUUUGAAUGUUAUGAGUGUGGAAAAGCCUUCAAUGCAAAAUCACAACUUGUUAUUCAUCAGAGAUCCCACACUGGAGAGAAACCCUAUGAAUGUAUUGAAUGUGGUAAAGCCUUCAAGCAAAAUGCCUCUCUUACCAAACAUAUGAAAAUUCACUCAGAAGAACAAUCUGAGGAAGAAGAUUAAUGUAGGAAACCUGACAACUGACUGGUUUGGUAUUAUUUAACCUUAAAGAUGUUCUCAAUUUGAUGAUGUUAGAAUAUCUUUUUUUAGGAAAUCAUUCCUGGUGAUACAUGAGAGAAUUUGAAUAUGGAUCUUUACAUAAGAUGGUAAUAAAAUUUAACCUUGAUCCCAAACCUAAACAGAAAAUACUGUAUUUUUACACUUAUUAUAAAUUGUCUCCAUAUUUAGAUUAAAAUACGAAUCUUUUAAAAGAGUGAAUAAGGAGAUAUCAUAAUCAGUAAAGUGCUUGUUAAGCAAGUACAGAGAUCUGAAUUCCAUCCCUAAGGAUUGAUAAAAAGCUAGAUGUGGGGGCAUGCUCUUGCAAUCUCACAAUUGGGAAAGUUGAGACAGGAGAGUCCUGAGAACUCCUGACCAACCAGACUUAUUUAAUUUGCAAGCCAUAGGUCACAAGAAAAAAGAACUGUUUUAAAAAUAGGGUAGAGGGUUCCUGAGAAACAGUACUCAAGGUUGACACAUGUACACACACAGACACACACAGACACACAGACACACACACAGACACACACACAGACACACACAGAUACACACACACACACACACAGACACACACACACAGACACACACACAGUUGUGAAAAUGUUAACGAAUUAGAGCAACAAACAGUAAAAUAUGACACUUCAUGAACUUUCUAGGUGUGUGCUUAAGCUCCACAGUUAGUAUUUAAUUUGUAUUUAUUCUUAUUGCAUACUUACCGCCUUGUGUAAAAUACAAGUGAGGGUGAGGGUAUCCUCUGGUAUUGUCUAGCUUUCUUUGUUAAUGUCUCUGUUAGCUUCUGAAUUAGUAGAAAACUUUCGGGAGUUGUUUUGUUUUGUUUGAGACAAUAUCUCACCAUAUAGUCCUGGCUAGCCUGGAACUUGUUACGUGUACCAGGCUGGCCUUGAACUUGUUAUGUAGACCAGGCUGACCUUGAACUCACAGAGAUAUGUCUGUCUCUGCCUCCCAAGUGCUAGAUUUAAAGACUUCAGUAGAAAACUUUAAGGGGUUUUGUCUAGAUUUUGUUAAGAGGUUCAUAAAAAAGUGGAAAACAGCUGAAAAUGUGUUGAUAGUGAGUGAUACUUGUUAUAUUGUUAAGUAUAGAAAAUGGAUUGUUAAACCAUCUAUAUAGUAUGUUCUCAUUGUGGACAGAGUGUGUAUGUGUGUCCCUGUACUCUGUGUACAUAUAUAUGUGUUUAUCCCCAUAUAUUUGUAUAUGAAUAGACUUUUUUUUAACCUAUAAGAAAAUUAAUGGUGGCUUCCACUGAACACAAGAGUGCAGCAUUGAGGUCUGACAUGUUUAUCAUGUACAUGUGUCUAAUUCAAAUAUGUAUUAUAUAAAAAUACAUUCAUAUGUGCAAAUUAACACAAUUUAAAACAAUAGCUGAGUCUAUUUCACAGUGUUAUUUGAAAAAGUGACAUAAGAUUUCUAUGCUCCUUUAUGAACAAUGAAUUUAAGACAUAUGGCAUUGAACCUUGAUAUUGAAUUCACAAAGAAUUUCCUAUAGAGCACAGAUUUUUGUUAACAUGAGUCAUAACUGUUAACAAUAUUUUAUUUCUCUUAUUUGCUAUUAAAAACUAAAGAUGAAUGAAA